AUUCUCUCUCUCUCCGCUGUCAGUCGCCGUUACAUCCUCUCUAUCUUCUGUCUCUUCACACACAGACACACAGACACACACACCCUCCCUCCCUCCCUCUCUCUCUCUCUCUCUCUCUCUCCCCCCCCCCUCGCUCUGUCUCCCCAGCCCCGCCCCCAAGCGCCCGUGGGGCCCCGUUCCCCGUGGCGGGGGCGUUGUCACCCCAGGGGUUGACAGCCCCCGGGGACCCGUGCCUCGCUCUUCCUGCUCCGGCCACUCCAGCGGCCUUUUGCCGGCCGGCGCGGACGGGAAGCCCCGGUUCUUUGACUGGGUCUCGGUCGGGACGAGCGGCAAAUGCGCAGACCUUCGACGCAGAGCGAGAGCGAGUUAGAGAGAGAGAGAGACAUCCGCUGCAGGAAUCCACGCCCUCUGUCGACACACACAUGCACAAACCCGUUGUUAAAGAAAACGCUGAACAGACUCAAACCCAGACGCUGCACGGACCCGGACAAAAGACAAUUAGCCAGGUUUGAAUUCAGCGCGCACUGGGCGGUGACUGCGUGGGACGGUGACCUGCUUUCGCAGCGUCGCGAUUCAGGGAAAGUGGCAGAAGACAGAGUUUCCCGGCUGCUCUGAGACAGGAUCAGGCUGUGACCGCACGCCGAGACUCCGCCCGCCAAGCGCGCAGUCUUCCUCGGCUCCCGGAGCGGAGCACACGGUCCCGGGACAGUCCGCGGCGGCGGCACGAUGCGCUCCCUGGUACCGAUACUGCUGAUCUUCGGUCUGCUGAUAGCUACGUCCUAUCAAGGGUCCAAAGAUCAGGAUUUGAAAGGACCCGCGACGACCAAUUCAAGACCCGCGACGACCAAUUCAAAUAACAGAACGGAUUGUCCAGACCUCGACAAGGUUAAGAAUGUGAAGCCUACACCGGCGGAUGAGAUCGAGAGUGUCGCCCUGGAGGGAGGGUCCACCAACUGCUCUGGGUGGGUCGAGCUACGCCUCAGAAACCGGUCAGUCGUGACCCUGGGGCUAACAGCGUCAUCCGUCGCCGAGUCCGACUUGGUGUGUCAAAGGCUGGGCUGCGGCCGAAUGCUGAGAAUGUUCUCAGGGCCUACCUUCGGGAGGAGACUGAGGCCGGUCUGGGAGUAUCUUCUGGACUGCUGGUGGAAUCACACCAGGCUGCAAGACUGUAUGAAGGUCACGGAGCGGGGACGCCAGGGUGACUCCCUGGGGAUUGUCUGCGAGGGUGCCCACACUUACUCCCGACUGGAUACCAGUCCCGGCCACUGUGUGGGGUCACUGCCGGUGUUCUACCUGGGGUCCGGGCGGGGCUGGGGUGACAGACCGACCCUUGCCGAAGCGGACAGCCUGUGCCAGAGGUUGCAAUGCGGGCGCGUCGUAAAUGUCACUGUUUCGCCCUGGGAAUCCGAUGUCACCGUGCUGGGAGAACUCAACUGCCUGCUCCAUCGGGAGAAAUGUCUCGGCGUGGAACAAUCCGCAAGGUCAAGUGUGUACAGCAUCACCUGCAGAGAGGGCUUCUCACCAGCCUUCCGCCUCCGGGAUGGUGAAUCCCAGUGUGAUGGAUUGGUGGAGGCGUAUUACAACGGUUCCUGGUGGCCCGUGUGUCAGGACACGUGGGAAAAAAAGAAGCAGGACGAGGUGUGUUCCCAGGCCGGAUGUCAGGAAAACAGUGAAUUCUGGAAUCGAGCGGGUUCCCUCGGCAAGAACCACACCGGCUCCAGCAGCUGCGUGCGUUGUCGACAAUUUCCUUUACUGUCCGAGCCGGGCGGAGUUCGCCUCUGGGACAUCCAGGUGGAGCACGGCAGCUUCCAGCAGCUCAACGUCACCUGCCCACGGUUAGAGAAGCCGACCUUUAAGCCAAAGGUGGUGAGCGGGUCGACGGGGCCGAUGACCGCCGGGAUCCUGCUGCUCGUCCUGGUAUUGCUGCUCCUUGCCCUGGCCUGGGGCUGGAAGCGUUACCGAGGCAACGGCGUCGGAGUAUUCCGACGCAAGCGGACUCAGCGACAGUGGAUCGGGCCGACAGGAGCCACCACCCACACAGUCUCCAUUCAUCGGAACAACAACGCCAGCUCCCGUCCGGUGUCAGCUGUCAGCGCAGGCAGUCACUCCUACAGCGUGGAACCGUCGAGAGGGUUCACAGCUUAUCCAGCUCUGGAAAGACGCUCCAACAUGUUGAGACUCGGCCAGGAUCGCUCGUCCGACAGCGACUACGACUUCUUCGACCCCAACAUGCAGCCACUGUGAAGACUCAAAGCUAAGAUCGGACGCCGCUCCGCGCCCUCUGGAUCGGAGAAACCCCGGGCCACGCGGCAAGAGAACGGCGGAGGACGAGGGUCCUGGGGGGCGAGGGGUGGGGGGAGAGAUUGCCGAGGGGCAGGGGAUGUGUGACGUGAUCCUUGCCACGACGCGUGUGUGUUUGUGUGUAUGAGUACGCGGUGUCCCAACCCCCCCACCCACCACCUCCGGGACGCACACCGAUAGGAGGAGAGGCAAAAAAGUUGGAGGAGGAGUGAGGGGAAGCGGGGAAAGCAGCAUCGGCCCUCCCUCCCUCCCUCCCUCCCCCUCACGGGCAUCCACCGAUCUUCGGGAUGGAGCCCCCGACUGGAAGCUCUGGGUCGCUACUCCCGCCCCAGGAUGCGACGUGAGGCAUGCUGGGAAAGACGCGCCAAGGCGGCCAGCGACCGGGCAGCGAGGAAAUGGACUGAAUGAUCCCCGGAAACCAGCCGGAAUGAUGGUCAAUGCUGUUUCCGGCCACCGCCCCUCCCGAAUGGCGUGCCGGGCGGAUGGACGGCGGGAUGGGGUGGGGGGAAGAUGGAGUAACCGUUCCCCAACAGGAGGAGUGGCGAAGAGCGCUCUUUGAAGGGCCCUGCACCACGAACCCGACUACGGAUUCACGAAUAAAAUCCGU